CCCUCCCCUUUACGCGUGCCCGGUGUCGUCGGGUAGCGCCAGCAGGGUAUGCGCCGUUCCUCUAGGAAUCCUUCAUAAUGUAUAUAUAUGAUUCAUAUUCCAUCCGAUAACCUGAAUCGGACUGAUCGAUUCCAGUGUGUGAUCCGUCCGAUGUCGUCAUCGACGCGGAUCCUCUCACCGCCUUCCCCCGCCUCUGUGAGAAGGUGAAGCCUUUGAGAAUAACACCGCUGGCCGCUAUGAGACGAAUAACGGGAGAAGCGAAGGAUGAAACUUUGAUCGAGCUGCAGAGCGUGACGGAUUCACACCUCGGAGAUGAAAAUGGGGGAAAUAGCGUUAAUUCACUGCCUGGUCAUACAGAGACCGAAAAGCUGCAAAAAAACAAAGACACAGUGUUCUUCAGGGACGGAGUUCGGAGGGUAGACUUUGUGUUGUCCUAUGUGGAUGACAAAGAUGGAGAGAAGAAACAGGAGAGGAGGAGGGCAUUUGAGGCUAACCUUGAGAAAGAAGGACUGGAGCUGGAGACGGAGGACAAAUCGGACUCUAAAGACCAGAAGACGUAUUUCUUAAAGAUUCAUGCUCCGUGGAAUGUACUGGCCACCUAUGCUGAUGUCUUGAAGAUCAAAGUCCCCUUCAGAACCAGUGAUGUCCCCCAUGGUCAGGAGGUCCCACUGGAGUGGCUCUCACAUCCUUUCCGCUUGCCAGAGCACAUCAUGCGUCCUCACCCUGACUACUUCACCUACCCCUUCGACAAGACCAAGACCGACUUCUUCCUCAUCAGCGACAAAGACACUUUCUUCCCACCUUCCACAAGAAACAGAAUUGUGUACUACAUCCUAGCUCGAUGCCCGUACUACAAGGAGGGUCUGAAGGAGAGAGACAAGACGGGGAUCAAGCGCCUGCUCAGCAAUGGGACGUAUACUGCAGCCUUUCCACUACAUGACUGUCGAUACUGGAAGAGGGCACGAAACGCUGAGUGUGAGAGCGAGCGCUACAACUUGUACCAGCACUGGGCCCGGUUCCUCAUCUUCUACAAAGAGCAGCCGCUCAACCUCAUCCGGAAGUACUAUGGGGAGAAGAUCGGGAUCUACUUUGCCUGGUUGGGCUUCUACACUGAGAUGCUCUUCUUCGCGGCCGUCAUGGGCGUAAUAUGUUUCACUUACGGACUUCUGAGUUAUGAGGAGAACAUGUCAAGCAAAGAAAUAUGUGACCCCAAUAUUGGAGGAAAUAUUGUCAUGUGUCCACUUUGUGAUAAGAAGUGCCCUUUCUGGAAGCUCAACUCUACAUGCCUCUCCUCUUGGCAAUCCCAUCUGUUUGACAACGAGGGAACAAUAUUCUUUGCCAUUUUUAUGGGGAUUUGGGUCACUCUGUUUCUGGAGUUCUGGAAGCGGCGUCAAGCCCGGCUGGAGUACGAGUGGGACCUGGUGGACUUUGAGGAGGAGCAGCAGCAGCUUCAAAUCCGGCCCGAGUUUGAGAUACAGUGCACCAACAAGAGACUCAACAAGAUCACUCAGGAAAUGGAGCCGUACCUGCCUGUCACCAGCAAGUGUGCUCGCUUCUGCCUCUCCACUGCCACUGUUAUAUUCUGGGUUUCUUUGAUAGUGGCCUGUAUUAUUGGGGUCAUAGCAUACAGGCUGGCUGUGUACGCGGCCUUCGCAAGUGUCAUCAAAGACCCCCUGAGGAAGAUCCAGUUGGUGGGCAGAUUCAUCACUCCACAGCUAGCCACCUCCGUCACCGCCUCCUGCAUCAACUUUGUCAUCAUCAUGAUCCUCAACUUCUUCUAUGAGAGGGUGGCCAUUUGGAUCACUGAUAUGGAAAUCCCAAAGACCCACCUUGAGUAUGAGAACAGGCUGACCAUGAAGAUGUUCCUCUUCCAGUUUGUCAACUACUACUCAUCGUGCUUCUACGUGGCCUUCUUCAAAGGGAAAUUUGUUGGUUCUCCUGGAAACUACACGUACAUGUUUGGCAAAUGGAGCAAGCUGAGGAAUGAGGAGUGCGACCCUGGAGGCUGUCUGAUUGAGCUGACCACACAGCUGGUGAUUGUUAUGUCAGGAAAACAACUCUGGGGGAACAUCCAGGAAGCUCUGCUGCCCUUGAUACGUAACUGGUGGAGUAGCAGGAAGGGCCGGCGCCACCCAGAGAACCAUUACAGCCGCUGGGAGCAGGACCACGCGCUGCUGAACUUCACCCAGCUGGGAUUGUUUUAUGAGUACCUGGAGAUGGUGGUGCAGUUUGGUUUCAUCACGUUGUUCGUGGCCUCUUUCCCUUUGGCUCCGCUGCUGGCUCUGUUCAACAACAUCCUGGAGAUCCGGGUGGAUGCCUGGAAGUUCACCACCCAGUUCAAGAGACCAGUAGCGUCCAAGGCUCGAAACAUCGGCGCGUGGCAGGAAAUCCUCAACGCUGUGGCCAUUUUGUCUGUUGUUACUAACGCUUUCAUAAUGGCGUUCACCUCCGACAUGAUCCCCCGCAUGGUCUACCUGUAUGCCUAUGGUAAAAAUGAAACCAUGAUGGGCUACGUCAACAACAGCCUAUCAAUAUACAACAUCUCUCAGAUACAUGAGCACAACAUGCCCGAGGAACGAGGCGACUGGUUCGGUAACUCUACCACCACCUGCAGAUACCGGGACUACCGUUACCCUCCAGGCCACCAGAAGGAGUACACUCACACCAUGCAGUUCUGGCACAUCCUGGCUGCCAAAAUGGCCUUCAUUAUUAUCAUGGAGCAUGUUGUAUUCGUGGUGAAGUUCCUCGUGGCGUGGAUGAUCCCAGACGUGCCUACAGGCGUGAAGGCUCGAUUUAAGCGAGAGCGUUACUUGAUCCAAGAGUACCUGCAUAACUACGAGGUGGAGCGGCUCAAACUCCAGCUCAGUGCCAGUUUCAUCACGGAGCCGCCGUCAGAAAUGUCCCUGCUGACCGACAAGCAAGAAAUGGUGUCUGAGUGCCUGUUGCCUUGAGCCAUUAAGCUUUGAGCCAUCGUCGGACCGAGAGCAUCCAUAUACAAGGGCUUCUUGUGUCUUUUACUGCUGAAUGGACUCCUAUAUUAGGAUGCAACGUUUUAUUUUGCUUAAAAUCUGCUUUUUGAAUGGAUGAAACAUUCCUGUGCCAAAAAAACAUGAUAGUGGGAAGAAGCAAAGAGCAAAAAGUGCAGCCUUUAUCAUUCCUCACGUAAUGUCUUCUUAUUGAAAAAUAAUAAUCUCUGUAUGUGUCAAUAGAGUUAAAGUUUGUUGUGUUGAACAUGUGUCAUUAGAUAUAAUUACCCUUAAAAGAGUUUGCUACGAUAUAAUUUCUUAAAUGUCCUGCAUGUGAUUCUUCUGAUCGGAAUACAAGAUGAAGGAAUCAACUGUUUCAAAAAAGAAAUGUACGUGGUAAAAAAAAAAUCAUAUCAUUUUGGAGAUAUAACUCAUGCAUUACAUCCCUUUUCUAUCAUUGAACCAUUACAGGAGCUUAUUUUUAAUUGGUAGCUAAGUAUUGUUUAGUUCCACUGAUCUGUAGCCCGGCUAUGAGGUUGUCAGUUGUAUUAUUAGAGGAUGUUUAGAGAAAGUCUGCGCAUUUGAAAACCAGGUACCUCCCUCAUACCGCAGUGAUAGUGUAACAAUUAAAGGGGGGAAUAUCAGUCCGCCCUUUCUUAGUAACAUGGUGAGACAGCAGCUGCAGGCUCAUGCAUCACAUCUUACAUGUGUAUUUCCAACUUGCUUUGGGACCAAUUAGAUUUCUACCAAGAGAAAAGACUACACCAAGAAUAUCUCUGACAGAUCUGCUGCCUGAUUACAAUCAGUUCAUGUGAGUCGAGGACGAUCGUGUUGAUCGACUUUACUCCUCCUUGUCUCCACAUGCUGUGGGCGUAAACAAUUAAAAUCGACAUCGCAGAGGUACACAGGAAAGAGAAGAAUUUCUUGUGCCCAGAGUGUGGAUUUCAGUGAAGGACAUUUAGUAACUCUCUCAUACUCUGUGGUUACUAAGUGUUCCUGUAAAUAUAAAUAAUAAAUAAUCUAUUUAAAAGGGUUGCACUGCAAGUAUGUUAUUUGUUCGCUUCUGCAAUGUAGCUUAAAGCUUUUUUGUUAGAGUAAGAUUGAUUUGAUUUACAACACCUGAUUUCUUAUUUUGUACUAUUUGUUGCCUCAUAACACCCGUUGGUUUAGACAACUUUUCAAAUACAUUGUAAUCUAUAAAAUUGCUACUUUUUGAAGGGAUCUAAGUGAUAAAGAAACAGAGAUUAGACGCAGAGAUCCUCUUUAGCUAAAAACGUCUUUUCUUUGUUUAUGUUAAACCUCUUUGUAAAUGAGACAGUUGUGAUUUCAAAUAUCAGCAAAUUUUGACAUCCAAAAACUCAAAGAGCCUGAACAUGCAAUGCACACGUCUGACAUUUGCAUAGCAUGGUCUUGCAAUAUGCAUGAUGUGUUUCCCAACUAACAAAUGCCUUACACCUCUGUGCUUACCUGUUUUUGUAUCAUUUUGUAAUAGGUUUACUGUGAACUUAGAAUGGUUGUGCUGACAUGCAGGAAAAUUGUUGAUAUUUCCAGUAAAUAAAGAAAUACCUAUCUACAGUGUAAA